AUGACAAAUUACGGCGUCAAGACCAUGUCCAUGGGCUACCUCGUGCCAGAGGAUGACGCCGUGGUAUGGCGAGGCCCCAUGGUGAUGAAGGCCAUUCAGCAGCUACUUCACGAAGUCGACUGGGGUGGACUGGAUGUUCUCGUGCUUGACCUGCCUCCAGGCACGGGCGACACGCAGCUCACCAUUACACAGCAGAUCAUACUCGAUGGAUCCAUCAUUGUCACCACACCCCAUACACUCGCGGUCAAGGACGCGGUCAAGGGUGUCAACAUGUUCAACAAGGUCAAUGUCAAUAUUUUGGGCUUGGUGCAAAACAUGUCACUCUUCAACUGUCCACACUGCCACGGCGACACACACGUUUUUGGGUCCAACGAAAGAGUCGAGCGCAUGUGCAGAGAGCACAAGAUCAACUUCCUAGGCGACAUCCCCCUGCACCCAUCCAUCGGCGAUGAUGCGGAUCUGGGCAAGCCCACCGUCGUAUCGGAGCCGUCGAGUGCCAGGGCGGAAAUCUUCCUCAAGAUUGCGAAGGAUAUUGUCCCAAAGAUUGACCUCCGCUCACCGUAA